CCGAAUUCGGAAAUCCAGGCUGGAAUCCGGAGACCACAGCCUCUCAUUUGGAUCUUGAUUCGGAUACCUAAAAUCACAGAAUCAAAUUUCGCAUUAUCAACAACUCGAGGGCCUCGGCCAAAUUUGAGGUGCGGCGGAGGAUAAGCCAAAAUAAGCUCACCCCAUUAUAAGAUUAUGUCUUCGGUAUCCAAUUUGGGGCUUUCUUGAGGGACAGAGAGAGAGAUGGCGGAGCUGUGUUUGAUGGCUUCGCAUGCCUGCCACCCUCCCGGAUUGGGGGUUGCUUCCCAUCAAGAACUUGCUCCAAUUAGGGUUUCCGAUGAAUAUCACCAUUUCCUCCCCUAUAACGGGUCGAGGCAGGACCUUGUUGAUCCCCUUUCGUUCAAUCUAAGCGGGCUGCACAAGGAGGAGUGGAGAUCCCCGAGUGGAUUAUUGGAUCCAAUCACUUACUCGGAUUUGGCUCGGCGUGUAGGAAGCAUGCAGUCGUUGAGUUUCAAGACAGACACCAGUCUUGACUCCGUGCCUUCUGGCUCUGGGAUUGUCGAACGAUGUGCAAAGCAGGAGAAGAUCUUGAAGCUACUUGCCUCGGGAUCAAUUGAAGAAGAAGAUCCGUUGCUAAAUUUGUCGAUGCUCUAUGAUCUAGCGGGACCUCAGUCACUGAUUGCAGAUUUGCCUCUUAUAUAUCCAACAGGGGAGCUCUUUCUCAAGGAACCGUCGUUGGACUUGGCCGAAGAGAGAAGCUACACCAGCACUGAAAUGGCUGAUAUGCUUACAAUAAUCUCCGACAUUCAUUCACUGAAGAAAAUGAAUAAAUCAAGUAGGCAGACGAUGCUGGUCCCUUAUUUCGAGUGGCGUAGAAAAGCAAGUGCAAGUACUAAUGCAUCAAAACUCGCGACCGAGAAAGUUAUGUCUCCCAAGAGCCAUGAUAAGGUGAAGGAAAAGACACCACGAAAGAAGAAAACAACGAGGGAUUCCUACAGCAGCAGCUCCCUUCACGCUUGCGAAAGUCUUCUAUCCGUGAUUAUGGACAGGAAGCAGCCGGGUGGGAACACAAUCCUCUCGUUGAAGAAAUCUGGUCCCCAGCUGCCCCGACUCCUCACUCAGUUCUCGGCCAGUAUUGCCGGGACUGGCAUUGCUGUAGUCUUAUCCGUUCUCUGCAGAGCAGCCUACAACCAGCUGCCCUUUUGCGCGUCCAAGAUUCUAAGCACCGGAUUGGGCUUAGGUCUUGUCUGGCUUGCUUGGGCCGUCAACAGGCUGAGGGAUACGGUUGUCUCGAUCAGCAAAACCUCCAGCAAAGGCUACGUCAAGGAAGAGGAGAUGGUGAGUGCUUUGGACAGGAACUUGAAAGACAUCUACUUCAGGGUGAUCGCAUUGGUCGUUGUUGUCGCCCUCAAGGUGGCCUAGCCCGAGAAAUGAAGAGGCAUAUGGUUCGAACCCCCGACCUAUUGGUUUAAAGAGAUUCAUCUCGUGUAUAAACGAAGAAACAAUGGAAUUAUAACUAAUAAAAAUCAAUCUAGUACUAAUUAUUGAGCA